AGUUGUAUCGCAACGUCGCUUAAUAAGCAAGGGUGGCUAAAGGAUCUACACAUGAAGGAGAGGAUAAGAAGACCGACUGAAUCUCCUGGAAACCAUCGUAUUCUUAUGGCUUCCAUCGCUGGCAAUUCCUCUUCCGUUCCUCCUAAAAACUCCCCGAGCAUGAUUCCAUGAACAUAGCAGUCCCCAACCAGAGUGUAGUAGGCUCCCUUCGAGCGCAACACGAACGGGACUCGUGCCCCUCGCAAAAUGCAAAUCACAUCACCGGGCCUCGCAGCGGCGGGGACAAGAGCCGCAUAUGACUUAUUAGUAGCCGCAAACCGCCUCCCUACGGUCGCUUUGGCCAUGUUCUGGAUGGCGGUGAAAUCCUGCCGAUGCAUUGUCUUUGCAAGCCAUACCGACGAUUGCCGAUCUGUCGUCGCAAUACCUCGAGAUCAACUUCAUAUAGAAACAUCUUCGGACCCGGCUCCUCCAUCCAGUUCGCAAGGCUGCUCGUGUCUCGAAAUUGGUCGACUUCGAGUAGAGUCGCGAGUGCUGAGUCCAUCCGUUCGCCCGUGGGGUAUUGCGUGAGACGUUCCUUGAAGGUGGAUAAUUCGGCCACGACG